GUGCGGCAAAGUCCGGUGUAUGCGGUGUGUCAAACAAGGUAUGGUAUUGUAGCUUGUGCUUCACAUUGAUAGCAGUGACGCUGCAUCGACGAACGUGCGAGGGAAGCCCUGCACCCCCGCAGUCUCAUCUCCAUCCCACAUCCAUGCUCGUCUGAUCUACUACUAUACCAUACCCCGGCCUCGUUCUGGGCUGUACUUGACUCUGUCCUUGUUCAACAUUGUUGCGCUGUCACUCUCCGAGCUAUGCGCACAACCGCGGUGUCAUUACUUUUUCUGCUAGUACAGUUUCAAGAUGUAUUCGCGGCUCCAACUCAGGUUCCCUUCGAUUCGGAUUUGGUAGCGAAGCGUCCACCACGGAAGCUACGAGGUCGUUUCCUUCACUUGACAGACAUGCAUCCCGACCCCUACUACCGCGUCGGUACGUCCGAGAAGUCGGCUUGUCAUCGGAGGAAACCUAAGAAGGCGAAACCACGCGCCGGAGAACAUGGGAUCCCUUUCGGUGACUGCGACUCACCAUUCUCACUCACGAAUCACACUUUGGACUUUAUUGACAAGAAAUGGAGCGAGGAAGUAGACUUUGUUAUUUGGACAGGAGACAGCGCCAGACAUGACAACGAUCGCAAGUUGCCCCGGACAACCAAGGAGAUCUACGAGUUGAAUAGGGCCAUGGCUCGGAAAAUGGAGGACGUCUUCUUAAGCAAGGGCGUUCCCGUCAUUCCGACUAUAGGCAACAACGAUGUAUGGCCACAUAACAUCAUGCUACCAGGUCCGAAUGACAUAACAUUUCAAUACUCAGUGAUUUGGAGGUCCUUUAUACCAUUCCCAUCCUUCCAAGUCUUUCAGAGGGGCGGAUACUUCUCUGUCGACGUAAUCCCGGGAUCGGUGGCGGCGAUUAGCUUGAACACCAUGUAUUUCUACACGUCUAACAAAGCUGUGGGAGGAUGUGAGGUCAAUGAUCCCCAGGACCCCGGAAACCUUCAGUUUGACUGGCUCGAAGUUCAGUUGCAAACCUUCCGAAGCAGAGGAAUGCAGGUGUGGAUAGCAGGUCAUGUUCCCCCUUCCGCCCGCAACUACUACCCGGAAUGCCAUGUUCGAUAUGUCGAGUUGUCGCUGCGAUACCAAGAUACGAUUUUGGGGCAUCUCUUCGGGCAUAUGAAUGUCGAUCAUUUCUUUUUUCUAGAUGCUCAAGAAGUGACUCAUAAUGGACAAGCUCGAUCAUCUGACGCCCUAGAAGAGGACGAGCAGGAUGUCAAGAAGAAACACAAGGAUUUAUACGGCUCUUUGCUCAAGAACUUCAACCAUGUGAGCAAGGUUUCGAACAUUGACCAUGACAACUACGCUGUUGUCAAUGUCGCGCCUUCAGUCGUCCCGAACCCGUACCUGCCUUCCUUCCGAAUCUUCUCGUACAAUAUUUCUGGAUCACCCUACGUUCCAGGCGAUCUCGGUGUCAUUGUGGAUGGAAGAGGGCCAAGAGGCUCCAAUGCGCCACGUCCUGAUUGUCUAGACGACCUUGCACGUCAAAACGCGACAUUCGAGAAGGAGUGUCAUCCAUCCGGACACUGGAAUUCCAGUCCGAACUCACCUUCGCGAAGGAACGGCUUAUGGUCACCUCUUGGGUUUGCGCAGUACUACAUGCCGGACCUGAACGCCACGACUAACAAACGAAAACGACCACCAAAGUACAAACUUGAGUACCUGACGUUCCACCCCUCGUUGCUGCAUCCUCCUUCAGAGGGGGCUCGGAGUGGAUUCCAUUAUCCCCUUCCGCUUCGAAACCUUCCUCGGUCACUCAGGAACAGUACUGUGACAAAAAGCAAGUAUGCGCCGUAUGGAAUGCACGAUCUGACAAUACCUUCGUGGCUGAAACUGGCGCGGCGAUUGGGGAAGGCGAAACACAAGAAACUCCGAGCACGCUUUCGGAGGUACAUGUAUAUGGGGGCAGAUGAGGAGCGGUAGGGGUAAUUGUAGGGUUGCUGAAACUGCAGAGGGGCAUUUGCGGUACUAGGUAGUGUAGAUAUGUGAGAACGGCCGGCUAACGGAUCAAGAAUGAUGAUGAUGAGGCCUGUGUGAUUUAUG